AUGAAAAGUGACAACCAGAGCUUCUCAGGGGACCCCCCUAAAGCCUUCAUCCUUCUGGGUGUGUCUGACAGGCCAUGGCUGGCACUCCCUCUCUUUGUGGUCCUCCUGCUGUCCUAUGUGCUGGCCAUGUCGGGGAACGUGGCCAUCAUCCUGGCAUCCCGGCUGGAUCCCCGACUCCACAGCCCCAUGUACGUCUUCCUCAGUCACCUGUCCUUCCCAGACCUCUGCUACACUUCUAUGACGGUCCCUCAGAUGCUGGUCAACAUGGGCAGUUCCCAGAAGACCAUCAGCUAUGGAGGCUGCACUGUGCAGUAUGCAGUCUUCCACUGGCUGGGUUGCACGGAGUGCAUCGUCCUGGCCGCCACGGCCCUGGACCACUACGUGGCCAUCUGCAAGCCCCUGCACUACACCGUUCUCAUGCACCAUGCUCUCUGUCAGCAGCUUGUGGCUCUGGCCUGGCUCAGUGACUUCGGCAACUCCUUCGUGCAGGUGGUCCUGACAGUGCAAUUGCCAUUCUGCGGGCAGCAGGUGCUAAACAACUUUUUCUGUGAGGUGCCAGCCAUGAUCAAGCUGUCGUGUGCUGACACCGCUGUGAAUGACGCCACGCUGGCUGUGCUGGUGGCCUUCUUCAUGUUGGUGCCCCUGGCUCUCAUCCUUCUCUCCUAUGGCUUUAUUGCCCGCGCAGUGCUCAGGAUCCAGUCCUCCAAGGGACGACACAAGGCCUUUGGGACGUGUUCCUCCCACCUGAUGAUUGUCUCCCUCUGCCUCUUCUACCUGCCUGCCAUUUACAUGUACCUGCAGCCCCCUUCCAGCUACUCCCAAGAGCAGGGCAAAUUUAUUUCUCUCUUCUAUUCCAUAAUCACCCCCACUCUCAAUCCCUUCAUCUACACCCUGAGAAAUAAAGAUAUGAAGGGGGCUCUGAGGAGACUCCUGGCCAGGAUCUGGAGGCUCUGUGGUCGAUGA